AUGCGUCUCAUCAACACGAAAACUUUACAGCUGGAAGAGUUCAAUGAAGACAAUCGGCCGCUCUAUGCGAUUCUCUCCCACACUUGGGGAGACCAAGAGGUCACAUUCCAGCACAUGCAAGACGACAGGAGCCACCAUUCAUGGAAAGCCGGUUACCGAAAAAUCGCCCAAACAUGCAAAGUGGCUCUUAAUUCCGGCAUAGGGUACGCCUGGGUCGACACCUGCUGCAUCGACAAGACAAGCAGUGCCGAACUGUCCGAGGCCAUCAACUCCAUGUUCAGGUGGUAUGAGGAUGCCGAGAUCUGCUACGCUUAUCUACCAGAUGUGGUUGGUCCAUCUAGCGGAGGGCUUGCCGUUGUUGAAAGCCGCUGGUUCACUAGGGGCUGGACACUGCAGGAGCUCAUCGCGCCUCGAAACCUCGUCUUUUAUGCGACCAACUGGAAAUACAUCAAUUCCCGGAGCAACCUCAGCGAGGCCAUCGCACGUGUCACCGGCAUCGAGGAGAGACUUCUUAAGGACAAUCGCGCCAAGGCUGGUUCGAUAUUAAGAACCACAAGCAUAGCCCGGCGGAUGAGUUGGGCGGCUAGACGGCAAACAGCUCGUACAGAAGACCUUGCCUACUGUCUACUGGGAAUAUUUGACAUAAAUAUGCCUCUUGUCUACGGAGAAGGCGCUAGGGCCUUUACCCGACUCCAAGAACAAAUCAUCCAGCAUACGGAUGAUCAGUCGAUAUUCGCAUGGGGUCUUCACGACGGCAUUAAACCCGAGGCCGGACCUGACACGAGCACCAGUGUCCUCGCCCCUUCACCGGCAGCCUUUGUUGCAUCCGGAGACAUCGUUCAAGUCGACACCGGGGAGGAGUCUGCACCCUUCUCAUUGACCAAUCGUGGAAUUCGAAUCGACCUCCGCGUGGGGUUGAUUCGUGGCCGUCGGUACGGCAUAAUCCCCUGUCGACGAAACAAAGCAACGGGUCUUCUAAUGAUCAAGCUUCAGAAUUUGCAGGGCAAUCGGUUCUUCAGAGUCGCCGACGCGCCAGUCACGUGGAGGAGCUAUCUGGCAUGGAAGCGGACACCCAAGAUUCCCGUGUAUCUGAUGACAGUCCCUCCCCCUGAAAAACAUCAGAUCCCGUCUGGCUCCUUUCUUGUCGAGCUCCCCCGCGACCAGAUCGCAGUGCACAGCGUCUCUAAAGGAUACACCUGGUCUCCAGCGACAGACCUGAUCACCAGGAACGAGCCCGAACCUCACCGGCAUUCCCUUUUCGAAGCGAUCAGAGCCUUCGGUCCGGCUAAGGAGGUCUAUUCUGCCACUGACCAGAAAAACUUUCGACGUCUGCGCCGUAUGCUUAGAAUCGAUCCUCGUAAAGUAAAGGGCCAAAUCGAAGACACCAGCGGCGGUCUCCAAAAGGACUCACACCGUUGGCUCCUGAACCAUGAAGGCUUCCACCGGUUUCAGAAUGACCCACAAACUCCUCUCCUUUGGAUCAGCGGCGGCCCUGGUACAGGCAAGGCGAUGCUGCUUUGCGGCCUAAUCGAUGAGCUAUCAGCGAAGCCAACAGCCCUUUCUUACUUCUUUUACCGGGCUUCUAACCCCCGCCUCAACAGCGGAGUGGCUGUUUUACGUGGUCUUCUAUAUGUGCUCGCUUGCCAAAGACCAUCACUGAUCUCUGGGUAUGACCUUUUGGGAAAGCAACGAGAUGAGGAUACUUCAACCUGGGAGCCUCUUGCCAAACUCGUCUCAUCCACACUAGAAGAUCCCUUGCUAGAAGGUGCGGUUCUAGUUGUUGAUGCGCUCAAUGAGUGUUCCGCCGAUCGGGAGUCACUUAUUGAGUUUACCAAGAAGCCUUCGCGUGUCAAGUGGAUCAUAUCGAGCCGAGACCUGCCAGACGUCAGAGAUGACUGGAAUGGUCUGAGUCAGGUCACAUUGAGACUUGAAGCACAUGAAGAUGUCAUAUCCCAUUUUGUUGACACAUACAUCCAACGUAAACCGGGCAAUUUGGGAAGAGAAAAGAAUUUCGACCGGAAAACCAGGAGUAUCCUGAAUUCGCCUCACUCGUCCCUCUGUAAGAGGAUCCUGGCAAUCGCCACAGUCGUCUUUUGUCCAGUUACCUUGGAGGAGUUGGGGAACCUCGACUUUGAACUGCAAGACGUCAAUGAGGAGCUUUUGGAAGAACUCAUCUUGACCUGCGGCCCCUUUUUGACCCUCCAUAAAAAAACCAUAGACUUUGUACAUCUUUCAGCCAGGGAGUUCUUGCUGUCAGCUGGGUAUCGUCUCGUCAUGCCUUUAGGGGUUGCCCAUCAACAAGCCCGCGUCUUUUUUGCGUCGAUGAAAUGCCUCAUCAACACACUCCGCGAGGAUAUUUACAGCUUGCAAAACUCAGGAGUGCGUAUUCAUGAGGUUCCACGACUUGAUCCUGGCCCUUUACUUGCAGUUGGAUAUUCUUGCACCAACUGA